UUAGAUAAACCUCCAUGGAUAUCAAGCGUUGUGCUUUCCUUUUCCUUGCUCUUCUUUUGGUUACUUGUAGUGCUAGUCAUUACGGAAGCCAGCAGGAGCAGCAGGAACAGCAAGAGCUGAGUGCUGCCAGGCAAUGCAGGUUGCAGCAGCUGUCGCCAAGCAGGCCAUCGAAGAGGAUCGAGGCUGAGGGCGGCGUGACCGAGUUUUGGGAUCAAAGGGAGGACCAACUCCAGUGUGCUGGAGUGUCUGUAAGGCGACAUAUCAUCCGCCGCAAGUCUCUGCUUGUCCCCUUGUAUGAGAACACCCAUGGCCUUCUCUACAUCCAGCAAGGGAGAGGUUUUGUCGGAGUAUCCUUCCCGGGCUGUCCAGAGUCAUUCCACUCUAGUGUGAGGUCUCCAAGGCCCUUUGAAGAAGGUAGCAGUGAACAAGCUCAAUUCCAGACAGACAGCCACCAGAAGGUGCACAGAAUACGGCAAGGUGAUACCGUGGCCAUUGUUGCUGGCGCAACACACUGGUUCUACAAUGAUGGUGAUCAAGACCUGGUCGCCUUUACGGUCUUCAACGUGAACCACCAGGACAACCAGCUGGAUCCUUCUGUCAGAAUGUUCCUGCUCGCGGGGCAAUUCCUAGAACAACAAUCAAGCUACUCCAGGCAAGAAUCAGAACGAGAACAUGAAACAGAGAGUUCCAGCCGCGAGAGCGUAGUCAGCGCAUUUGACCCAAAACUGAUGUCAGAAAUACUGAAUAUCCCUGUAGAGACAGUGAGACAGAUGCAGAGGAACGAGAAGAAAGGGCACAUGGUGACAAUUGAGCAAGGAUUGAGUUUUGUCAGGCCUGCAGAACAACAAGAACAAGAAGGGUGCAUGGAUGAGGCAAGACCAAGCUCUAAAGAGACCCAGUUUGCCAAUGGCUUGGAAGAGGCUUACUGCUAUGCUAGAAUUCAGCACAAUCUUGACACACCCGAAGAAACCGACAUCUAUUCAAGGAGAGCAGGGAGAUUCAUGUCUGUGAACUCAAACAAGCUUCCGAUCCUCAGCACCAUUGGUAUGAGCAUGGACAAGAUCAACCUCCGCCCGGAUGCCAUAGUUGCUCCUCACUAUACGGUGAACGCACAUUCGAUAAUGUUUGUGACAAGAGGAGAGGGGCAAAUGCAGGUGGUGGACAACAAAGGGAGGAACCUGUUUAAUGGGAGAGUGAGGCAAGGGGACCUCAUUGUGGUACCUCAGUUCUAUGUAACAGUGAAGAAAGCUGGAAGGGAUGGCUUUGAAUUUGUGACAUUCAAGACAGCACCAAUACCAGUGAGAAGCCCCCUUUUCGGGCACAUGUCUCUGUUUUCAGGAGUGCCCGCGCAAGUGAUUGCAAGCUCUUACAGAAUCUCUGUAGGACAAGCUCGGCAGCUGAAGCAAUGCAGGCAGCAGCAUUUUAUGUUGUUCCCUCCAAGCUCUUCUUCUUCUUCUUCUUCUUAUCAUGAUGCUGAUAUUGCUUCAGCUUAGUUUGUUGGUAGAGUGUGUUAGAGGAGCAUGUGGAGAAUGGUGGAAACUGUUUUGGUUUUCAUUUUGUUCUCUGAUGUAUUCCUUUGGAAUAAAGGGCAGUUGGUAUGCUGUGUAAGCCUCUAGGCAAUGCACCAACUUUGGUAAUAAAAUCCAAGU